AUGGACGGCGAGAACAAUAAAUGUGCCUUGGAUACUGUGCAAGUUGCUUUACGGAUUAGGCCUCUUAUGCAGCAAGAAAUAGAACGAGGAUGUGAUGAGUGUAUUGAAGUUGUACCAGGGGAGCCACAAGUUCAAAUUAAGGACCUAGCUUUCACAUACAAUUAUGUAUUCCCACAACAUAUUACACAACAGGAGUUUUAUGAUACUUCAGUUAGAGGUCUCAUAGGAAAAUUAUUUCAAGGGUACAAUGUCACAAUACUUGCCUAUGGACAAACUGGUUCAGGAAAAACAUACACUAUGGGUACUAAUUACUCAGGAUCUGAUGGGGACUCCUCAAAGUUAGGUGUGAUACCACAGGCUGUGGCUGACAUAUUUGAUUUUGUAGAAGCUCAUGAAGAUAAAUUUAUUUUCAAAGUAGCUGUUUCUUUCAUGGAGCUAUACCAGGAGCAGUGCUAUGAUUUGCUGUCUGGCAAAGAACGAGGCCAUAGUAUUAUAGAAAUAAGAGAAGAUAUCAACAAAGGUGUACACUUGCCAGGUAUUACAGAGCUGCCUGUAACAUCAACUAUGGAAACAAUGAUGGUUUUGGAAAGAGGUUCUAUUGGCCGUGUAACUGGAUCCACAGCUAUGAAUCAAGCUUCAAGUAGAAGUCAUGCUGUUUUCACCAUUGUUAUAACUAAGGAGAGUCGUACUGAUAAAAACAUUGCAACUACAUCAAAAUUUCAUUUAGUGGAUUUAGCGGGUUCAGAGCGAAUAAAAAAGACGAAAGCAAGUGGUGAAAGACUUAAGGAAGGCGUAAAAAUAAACCAAGGCUUACUGGCACUCGGAAACGUCAUAUCUGCACUGGGCGAUGGGACUAACAGGAGCUACAUUAGUUACAGAGACAGUAAACUCACAAGGUUGUUGCAAGACAGUCUUGGUGGCAACUCACUCACAUUGAUGGUAGCUUGUGUAAGUCCAGCUGACUAUAACCUUGAUGAGACAGUAUCAACACUAAGGUAUGCGGAUCGUGCUCGUCGUAUUCGGAACAAGCCUAUUAUAAACCGAGACGCGAAAGCUGCUGAAAUUGUCAGAUUGAAUGAUUUGGUCACUGAAUUGAGAUUGCAGUUAUUAGGAAAAUUACCCACAGUUAGUGAAGAACGCUAUGAGAAACUACAAGAAGAGUUAGACAAAGAAAAAGCAAAAUAUGGUGAAUUGUUGAAAAAACACAAGCAAGUAACUGAGCAUCUUGGCAAUAUGUUGAUUGAAAAUACGAAUUUGUGUGAAAAGGCACUUUUAGCAGAAGCUGCUAAGGACAAAAUUGAACGCAAGCUUAAUGAGCUGACAGAAAAGUGUAAUCAAACAAUACAGAACUUAAGUACUACUGACCAAGCUCCAGAUGAGGAACGUAGGAAUAGUGUAGUUGACUAUAUUAAAGAAUUAAAGUCAAGAUUAGAAGAUUUGCAGUCAGUUAAUAUGAAGACUAAUGAGGAAUUAAUUGACCACGAAAUUAAGCUGUCAUUUGUUAAGGAGGGAAAUGAGAAUGAUAAGGUUGAUGAUGAUAUGCUCCUUAAUGAGGACCAGGCUGUGUUGGAGGAAGAGAAGAGAGCUAUGGGUCAGGUGGCAUUAAAUCAAGAACUGCAAGAACUGAACCGUGCAAUGGCAAUCAAAGCAUCGCUUGUUCAUGCGAUGUUGGCCAAUAAUAAAGAAAUGUUGGAGAGUCACAACAAUCUGAAGGAGAAUGAGGAAAAGAUAGCACACUUAGAGAAGGAAAGAGAUGAGCUUAUGCAACAGUUGAAACAAACUAAGAACAAAGACCCAACCCAUGAAGAGCACCAAAGAAAGAAUGAAGCGAAGAUUGCCGCGCUUAAUGCAGAAUUACAAGCUAUGAAAGCAACUAAGGUCAAAAUAAUCAGACAAAUGCGUGAAGAGAGUGAGAAAUUCCGUAAAUGGAAGGCGGAUAACGAACGUGCAAUGUUACGCUUGCGGAACGAGGACAGAAAACGCGCUACUGCCAUGGCUAAGAUGGAGUCGCUUCACACUAAACAGCAAAACGUGUUAAAACGCAAAAUGGAGGAGGCCGUUGCCGUCAAUAAACGAUUAAAGGAGGCACUGGAAAGACAGAAGCAGUCCCAGAUGAAGCGUAAUGCUAAAGGCAGUGUGAAAACAGGAGCAAUACAACAGUAUAUUGAGCAAGAGCUGGAAGUCCAUCUGAGUAUUGUUGAAGCUGAAAAGUCACUGGAGGAACUAAUGGAGUAUAGAGCUUUGAUAACAGAACAGAUAGAAAAUCUACGAAACAGUACCGAUGACGAGGAUAACAGAAAGAAGAUUGAAAAGUUAGAAGACGACCUCGCUAUGCGUAAAGCGCAAAUAUCAGAUUUACAGCAGAAGAUAUUAACCGCCGAUCAAGAAAAUAAAUCGCGAACACAAUGGGACAAUAUUCAAUCGAUGCUUGAAGCUAAAGUUGCUCUCAAAUGUCUGUUUGAGCUUUUGGUGGACACAAAGAGGGAACUUCAAAACCAGAGUGAGAAAGGCUAUCAAGCACGUUACGAGGAGGCAAAGGAGGCUUACGACAGGCUGGUAGUGGAGUAUGAGAAUAGCAAGGCUGAGUUUGAGAGGCAACUGGCUAUGGUCAAACUGCAAAGUGAACAGAAGGUUAGUGCAUUAGUAGCACUGCAACGGGGAAUGCUGGGCGGAGGAGAUAAGAGUGAAGCAUGCAAACACUUACAAAAUGUAAUACAAUACCAACAGGACCGCUUAGAGCAAGUGGAACAAGAAAAUAAAAAGUUAGCUGACGAACUUGAACAAUUGCGGACUGCUAGUAAGAAAGGUAAAAAGAGAAUCAAAAAGGAAAAUGACACUGUAUUAAAGAAAGUAGAAUAUGCUGAGCCCACUGAUGAAGAGGAAGAUGAGUUUGAAGAUCCCGACAAAGAUCCUGACUGGAGAAUGACACCAUUAUUUAAGCGUAUACAGGCGCAACGAUCGCGGCUCACGAUGAACUUCACGAGCAGCGAGGCGGACACGUCGCGCGCAGUGAAGCGGGCCAGCGACGGCGCGCCGCACUGCACGUGCCGCGGCUCGUGCUCCACCAAGCUGUGCGGCUGCGUCAAGUCCGCGCUGGGCUGCGGCGCCGCCUGCCGCUGCCAGCCCGCGCUCUGCAAGAAUCGCCGCGGCGCAGACGACUCCGACGACAAGGAGAACAAUCCUUCCAGUAGUUCAGAGAUUGGUGCUCUAGACACUACACCGCCAUCAUACUUUGACAAACGAAAUCACCUUGAUGCUACCUAUGUUAAGAAGAAGAAAAGUUAUUUUUUCCCUCAGGAUCAGAUAAAUAAUAAGACUGAAUGA